UCGUCGCUCCCGCACGAGAUCCUCCUCCACAUCCUGCGCCUCCUCCCGCCGCCCUCGCUCGCGCCCGCACUGCGCGUCUGCAAGGCCUGGUGCCAGUGCGGCGUCGAGCUCCUGUGGCACAAGUUGUCGUUCACGUCGGUCGCGGCCCUGUACAAGAUGCUCCAGGUCCUGUCGCUCCCCGAGCAGACGUUCCCGUACCCGGACUUUGUCCGCCGCAUCAACUUUCACCCGCUCGCGAGCGAGAUGUCGGACCGCGUCGUCGCCAAGCUGUUGCCGUGCACGCGCCUCGAGCGCAUCACGCUCACGAGCUGCAAGAGCCUGUCGAGCGCCGCCAUGUGCGCCCUCCUCGUCCAGAGCCACCGCCUCGUCGCCCUCGACCUUACCGACGUCCCCAACGUCGACGACGACGUCCUCGUCGCCCUCGCCGCCAACUGCCCAAAGGUCCAAGGCCUCAACCUGUCGGGCUGUUCGAGGAUCACGGACCGCGGCCUCGAGGCCAUCGCGCUCGGGUGCCCUCUCCUGCGACGCAUCAAGCUCCGCAAGUGCGACCUCCUGACGGACGUCCCGAUCGUCCUCCUGUCGAUCCACUGCCCGCUCCUCCUCGAGGUCGACCUCGCCUUCUGCAACUCGAUCACGUCGCUCGCCGUCAUGCAGCUCCUGCGCACGUCGCACGCCCUGCGCGAGGCCGUCGCCGCGCUCGUCCCCUCGUCCACCUCCUCGACCCUCCUCACCUCGUCCGGCGCCCUCAUCGCGCGCCCGACCCCGUUGCGCUCGCCGCCCGCCGUGCGCCCGUACGACCACCUGCGGUACCUCGACGUGACGGCGUGCGGCCACCUGACGGACCAGGCCGUCGCCGGCAUCGUCAAGUACUGCCCGCGCCUGCGCAACCUCAUGCUCGCCAAAUGCACCAGGUUGACCGACGACAGCCUGUUGGCCAUCUGCGGGCUCGGCAAGCACUUGCACUACCUCCACCUCGGCCACGUCAGCAGCGUCACGGACACCGCCGUCACGGCCAUCGCUCGCGCGUGCACUCGCCUGCGGUACAUCGACCUCGCGUAUUGCCGCAACUUGACCGACGCGUCCGUGUUCGAGCUCGCGGCCAACCUCCCGAGGCUCAAGCGCAUCGGCCUCGUCCGGGUCGUCAGCAUCACGGACGAGUCGCUGCACGCGCUCCAGGCGCGCACCUCGCUCGAGCGCAUCCACCUGUCGUACUGCGACAACCUGACGGUGUCGGCCGUCAACGACCUCCUGCAGCACCUGCCGCGCGUCACGCACCUGUCGCUCACGGGCGUGUCGUCGUUCCGCAAGCGCAGCCUGCAGCAGUUUUGCCGCGCGCCGCCAAAGGACUUUAACGACCACCAGCGCCGCUCGUUCUGCGUCUUUAGCGGCCGCGGCGUGCACGACUUGCGCAAGUUCCUGCGCCAACUCGGGCCAGACGACCUGGCGGCG